AUGAGACGCGAUCUGACAGAAGACCGACGAAAAGAGCUGGCGGAACGCUUUCCCGGUGUCAUGGUCAAAGAAGCACCAGUUCCCCAAGCUCCCAAACGGCAAGCCGCUCCGGAGUACCCCGUCAAAAAACCAAGCGGUCUAAGAACUGCAGUGUUCGAACUCGAUAAAGAUGCUACAACCAAAGAUGACGCACUGGAGGUUAAUAUACGCAAGCAGUUCCCCUGGGCAACAAUCGCACCCAGUGUCGACGUGACUACCGGACCAAGAAAACUGGAUGACGUAGAAAUCCUGCUACAGGAUCUUGCGACGUUCACGGCCGACUACCCUCCGGACGGAGUGUUCGAUGUUGAUAUACCCCACACUCCGAUGUGGAAACAAGUUCCCCUAACACAACGAUUCCGUUUUGCCUACGCUCGAGCGAUACAAGUCGGUCGUUGCGGGGAGGUCCGACAACCUGCCACGCGCUGCGGGCAUUGCAAGAUUCACAAUUUCACCUGUAAAGUCUUUCGAAAUGACUUCAUAGAAAGAGCUGCGUCAACAGUUGGCAUCAAUCUUAGUAAAAGAUGCCAGCAUUGUCGCCUGUUGGGGAAAAGAUGCGAUUUACAGCCACGUUCACGUUCGAUUUUCCCGACAGCUGGAAACAAUUUGGGAUUUACUGAAUCUACUGGCGUAGCAAGAGGAAACUCGAUGGGUCUGUCCACGGAGGCAACUGUCGCAUCGACACGACCCUCACGCCAGCCUAGCCUUGCAGACGGAACCAGCAAGGAACGACUGCCGUCCGUUUCACACCCUUUGAGCGGCAAAUUCAAUAGGAGAGGUGAUGUUGUGGAUCUCGGCAGGCAACUAGGUCUGACCCUUCAGCAACCUGACGUCCUUUGGUCAAUUUACGACGGGUGGGACAGGACUGGGGAAAUACGUGCUAAACCCGAUCACAUGGACUUACAAGAUUAUUACAUCUACCUGGUGGAUCUGAACAUCAUGGCUCGAACCAUUGGCAACCGCAAGCUGGAGUUUGUCACACUUCUCAAGUUUCAGGUUACCAUCUUCGAGCAACAGGACUUACCCGAAAUCGAUAAGUCCGUAAUCAGGGCAUUUAAGCAUCUCCCUGUUGAUGCCCCGCUGUGCCGAUGGAUUGUUAUAGUCUUCUCCUACGAUUGGGACCUUGUCAAAGGCGGAGACUACAACAAGUUUGUCGAGAAGAACGUCGAUCUCGACCCCUUGGCUCUCAGCAAAUUUCUAUACGGGGUGGCCUAUAUACGAGAUCCAUAUACCAAGGGCGGCAUUGAGGCCGUGCUUCAACGGUUCUACGAAGUACACGACCAUUCGCCAGGUUCCGCGGAGGACAUCCAGUGUAUGUUCGCAAGAAGAGCAUGCGAAAACAUCAUGGAGGAGUCUGAGCAUUUGGAAAACAAGAGCAAAAGCGCACAGAAUAAAUCAAAGAAGCGAGCACUUGAUGAAUGCUCCGGAUCCAAGAACAGGAAGAAGCUCAAGCGAAAUGGUCAGCAGCAUGGUACGUAA